GACAGGUCAAUGGCGAGGAUCUCCAAUCAUGUGUUCAUGCUGGUCUUGACCGCGCUCCUCCUGGUGUGUGAGAUCGUGGUCGGCCGAAUCUGCAGAUCGCUCCUGAUCGCGGUGGACAGCUUUCACACACUCUACGUCUUCUUACAUCUGUCUCUGUCGGCAUUGAAGCAUCAUCCCAGCUCUCCAUCUCACAGAAGCAAGCGCCUCGAGCCCUUCGGCGUCCUGAUCUCAGCUCUUCUGAUGGCGUCUCAGUGUGUGUCCAUCAGUCUGGAGAUCCUCACACACCUCGUGCAGCCAGAAGCCGUUCAACACCCACUCUUGUCUAUAGUGGUCGGAGGAGCUAGUCUGAUAUUCAAUAUACUCGUAUUGGCCUGGAGAAGGAGAAGUAGUGGAGCUCAUGACGGGAUCAAUAAAGAUCAUCUCCAGGAUGAGGCACUGAUGUUCUGCAACCCUGAAGCCUCUAGUGUUCUGGAUCCAGAUCGAGGCUCUUCUGAGUCUCCAAACCUCAGCGCCACUAAACCAGUUCCUGAGUCCAGUAUCAGUGAAACAUCUGAGGAAAUCAUCCAGAAACUUCCAGAAGAGCCUCGUCACCCGACCGGCACCGAACCCACCGUUCCCCGGCGUACUCCUAGAGUCUCCGGGUUCAGAGGCAUCAUCCUCGGUGUGAUCCAGGACCUCCUGUGUUCACUCCUCGUGUUGAGCACCGGGCUGGUUCUCCUGCUGUCCGAGGCGCACUGUCACCGGCCUCACUCGGACUGUCAUCUGCUGGUGUACCUGGACGCGGGUCUCUCCUCCGCCGCGGUGCUGGUGCUGUUGUCCGCGGCCGUACCGAAGCUCCACCGCUACGGGCUGCUGGUCCUCCAGGCGGUGCCGCGGCACGUGUGCGUCGAUCAGGUGCGUCGGUGCGUCAGUGCGGUUCCCGGUGUGUUCUCGGUUCACGAGCUGCACGUGUGGCAAAUGUCUGACGCGCUGCUGGUCGCGUCGCUGCACGUCCACUGUUUCGACGCGCUGAACGCAACGCAGUGUGAAGAUCUCAUAGCGAAGAUUAAAGAGGUUCUGGGCACGUUUGGCAUCGAGCACUGCACCGUGCAGCCCGAGCUCCUCCCCGGGCCCGCCGGCGGGUCCGUCUGCAGUCUGCGCUGCGGGAAACAGUGUGCGGAGAAGCUCUGCUGUUCCCAACAACUGGCGGAUGAUGAUUCCCAGAGUCCCAAGACGGAGAGUCCCGUGUGUGUCCAGGAGCAGAACUGCUCUCCAGCGCCUCAGAGUGGAGAUGAGAUGAUCAGAGAUAUGGUUAUUGAGAACACAUACCUGUGAUUUAACGAGGUUGUUGGUGUUUUUGUGAACUGGCAGCAGUUGCAAUUACUGUACAUGAUGGAGACUCCAGCAAUAAACACUUUUAAUAU